GGAUUGACUUGAUAAAAAUGAAGUCUUGGUUUUCUCUUCUCGUCUUUGUUAAAAAUUCCGGGAACUUGCUGGUCGGCUUCUUGGAAGUUGUUCUCCUUAUUUCUACUACUGCACUUUCAUUAUUCGUCUGCCAAUGAUGAAGGCAGCCAUCUUCUUGGAAGUUAAAAAUUCCGGGAUUGAAGGUUGUUCCUGUCGGGAAAUCUAACAUGGCAGAAACGCUUAUUUCAGGAGUUGUCAAAAAACUUGCUGAUAUAGCAGGUAAUCUAAUAGCAAAAGAAGGCUCUCGCUUGUCUGAGUUGGAAGAAAACAUUAAUUGGAUUGGAGAUGAGAUGAGGUCUAUUAAAACUUUCUUGGAAAAAUCUGACGCAGUAGAGUCAGAAAUAGGAGGAUUGGCUGACUUCAUCAGAAGCACUUGCGAUCUUGCUUAUGAUUUGGAGGAUAUCAUGGAAGAGUACUUCCCUAAGCUAUCACCACCUAGAAGGAAUGGCUGGAAGGGGCGUCUUGGUUGGUUUUUGAAAGCCAAAACUGUUCGUGACUUUGCAGUGGAGAUUGAAAAAAUAAAACGAAGGGCGGUGGAUAUCAAUCGCAGGAGACAGGCUUAUCAAGUCCCAGAUGUCCCAGAUGCAAGUGGCCCUGCUGGAAGAGAGGAAUGGGAUCCAAGAAGAACUUUUGCUCACACUGAAGAAGUAAAUGUUGUUGGUAUGGACGAACACAUUGAGGAAUUAGCGGCCGAAGUGUCGGAUCAAGAUUUAGAGCAUCGUGUGAUCUCAAUUAUAGGCAUGGCCGGUAUAGGCAAGACAACACUGGCCAGAAAGGUAUAUAAUUCUGUUCGACCAAGUUUUGUAUAUUCAGCUUGGAUUUAUGUCUCUCGACGACCAAACCCAAAUGAACUUUUACAUAAUAUAGCAAAGCAAGUUGGCCUGACCAACGAGGAGCGGAAACAGGACUUGGAGGGUAAUUUGUUUCGCCGUUUAAGCCUAAAAAGGUAUGUGAUAGUAAUUGACGAUAUAUGGCAGAUUGAACCAUGGUAUGCUUUAAAACAUGGCAUUCCUGUUAAUUCCAUGAAUGGCAGUAGAAUAAUAAUCACUUCCCGAUCCAAAGAUAUAUGUGUACGAAUUGGUGGGCAAAUUUUUUUACAUGAAUUGCAACCCUUAGACGAAGAAAAGAGUAGAGAACUCUUCUUCAAAGUGGUUUUGGCUGCCCCACAAGACAAUGAUGAAGAUGGUGAUCCCUCACAAUUGGAAAACAUUGGUGAGAAAAUACUAAGGAAAUGUGGCGGUGUGCCGCUUGCUAUAGUAGUUAUAGCAGGCGUGUUGUUAUCAAGAGAGAGAAGCAUACAAGCAUGGAAAAGGGUACUAGAGAGUAUCGGUAAAGAUGAAGACCAAUGUCGAAAGAUAUUUGCUUUGAGCUACAAGGAUUUACCUUCAAUGUUGAAACCAUGUUUUUUAUAUUUUGGUCUAUUUCCGGAGGAUCACGAAAUUUUCACAUUCAGACUAAUCAAUUUAUGGGCAGCUGAAGGAUUUAUACAUGGCAGUGGAAUAAGGGCAGUUGAGGAUGUGGGGCAAGAUUACCUAAAUCAAUUAGUUGGUAGAAACCUAAUUCAAGUUGUCAAGAGGAGGUUGGACGGAACAGUUAAACUUUGUCGUAUUCAUGAUAUCUUGCACGACCUUUGCAUUAGCAAGGCUAGGGAGACGAACUUUCUUAACACACUCGAUAAUGUAGCCACUAGUGCAUAUUCCCUUGCACCACGCAGAGUCACUACCUCUUUUCAAAGUGAUGCGAGCAACUACGUUUCUUCAAAUCUUCAAACUCCAAAGCUGCGGGCUUUGUUAUGUUUCGAUGAUUCUACAACGAAAGGUUUCUGGGAAGUUAAGCUUCGUCUUAGAAACUUCAAAUCUCUUCAAGUGCUAAUUUUAACGUACUCAAGUGGGCUGAGGGCUCCUAUGAAUGAAAUUGUGAAGUUAAAACACCUCUAUCACCUUCAAUUGGGAGGGGAGUAUGUUAUAGAGCUUCCUUACGCCAUAUGCAAUUUGAAAAAUUUGCUGACCUUGGAUCUAAAUUUUCUCGAAGUCAUCCUCCCUAAGGUCAUCUGGAAAAUGAAGCAACUAAGACAUAUUCGAUUACCUCCUCACUGUAGCGCUUCUUCAGUCCGUGGGUUCCACUUGGAUUGCCAUAGGUUCCAUCCAUUUGAAGUUUCUUUACCAAACCUGCAGACCCUCUUUGGAUUGCCUGUCAAUGUUUUUGAGGCCAAUUGGUUGCACAAACUUGAUAGUUUGAGAAGACUGGAAAUCUAUUUUAUAACUAAGCAUUUCAUUGGGGUAUUGUCAAGUGCAAACUCCCUGUUACAGAAGCUAGAAGAAUUGCUUAUAUUUUCGCCAGACGAUAUGAAAUCUGCCUUGGAUCUGUCUAGAUAUGUAAGCCUUCGUAAGUUAUUCAUAAGCGGCAGCGGCAUAGUGGAUUUUACACGACAUGAUAAACUGCCAACAUGCCUCACAGAGCUUGUCCUUUAUGUAACUAACCUGGAAAUGGACCCAAUGGUGACUUUGAAGAAACUACCUAAACUUAAGUUCCUUAUGCUUGAAAGGGAUUCAUACCUUGGGGAGAAGAUGGUAUGCUCUGGAGAAGCUGACAGCUUUCCUCAACUCAAAGUAUUGAAAAUUGCUGCAAAGAGUCUAAAGGAGUUUGUAGCUGAGGAAGGAGCAAUGCCUGAACUCAAGGACCUUACCCUCACUAAGUGCAUACCAAGAAUGAGAGUUCCAGAUAGAAUCGGAAAAAUAAUCACGAUUGACCCAAACAUGAGAGCCUACGAGACGUGGUAGUCAGAUCCGUGACUUCAUUUUGGAAGGUGAAAGCACCAACUAAAGGAUAAUAAAUACACGGGCUCUUGAUCUUCAGACUGCUUGCUCCUCAAUGUAAUCUUGCGACAUAAUGUCUUUCGGCUGAUUGCUUCUCAUGAGAAGGAAAAUGCGCUGCACAGCAACAGCGAGAAGAAAAGGAGAAGAACAGCAAGAAGAACAGUGGCCGAUGGCGGAUCUGGACUACGGCGAUGGCGGCAGCCCAGCUGGACGACGGCAGCAGUAAUCGCCAGAAGCAAAGGGAAGAUGGAGAAGAGAGCAAACAGGGAAGAUGAUGGGAGAAGAUGAGGGCAGAAUAGUAUUUUCAUUGGUCAACUGUGUAGCGUUUUUUGGCAAAGCGGGGGGCACCAGCUUUUACUAAACGCUGGGAGUAUUUCUCAACACAAGCUUGAGAAUUCGGUGUUUUCACUCAAGUACUUGCAGAAAUAUAUAAAAGGAACUGCAUUGACCUGCUUCCCAAUUGUCGAGUGCAGAUCUGAAGCCUUGAAUUUCUGGGUCUGUGUGGCUGUCUUCUUGAUUUUCUGUAGUCAUGUUUUGCAGAAGACAUAUCCAAAAUGAGUUGGAACCUACAAGUUGAAGCUAUGUAAACGCUAGCUUUCCUUAUAAUUCAGCUGGUAGCUUUAUGUAGCUUUAUCAAUUUCUUUACUGUUUGUUGCAUAUGAACAUGUCAGUUUCAUUUUUGCUGAUGCACUACAUGUUCAGGUACCUAUUAUUUGUGAUGGUGUUUGUUCCCCUUGGUUUAUGUUCUUUGGCUUGGCAAGACAAAUGUGUAUAUGGACUUAAUUAUGCCUGUUAUUUACUGUCAUCAGAUUUUGGUUUA